CAGCCUCCACAAGAGCUCGCCUCUCACGAUUACUAUCGCAGCUUGAUCCCAGCUGUGUCCCUCCUCCUUCACCCAACACCACCAACACCUCACAACCUGGUCCCAGUCUUUGUACGGAUAGUCUCAGCCACCUACUCCCACUACACAGAGCUCUCCCACACCACCCACACCACCUACACCGCAAGACACCGCGAGACAGGCAACACACACAAACACAUAGACGCAACAUCACAAUGGGCUUCUUCGACCUGUCCACAGGCAGCGUCAUCUCCGGCCGCUCCUCCCACUCCCGCCGGCACUCCUCCCACCACUCCAAAAAGCACAACAGCAGCAAGCACCGCUCCCGCUCCCGCUCCUCCUCGCGCUCCCGAAGCAAGCGCCACAGCGCACCCAGCAUCGCCGCCUCCAUCUUUGGCGGCGACGACUACAAGAAGAACAACGCGUCGCGCGGUUCCUUUUUCGGCAUUCCCAAUGCUUCGCGCUCAUCAUUCUUCGGCUUCGGCGGUGGCCGCCCCUCGUACUACAAACGCUCCCCCCGAAACGGCUUCGUCCAAAAAACCCUCAAGCAAGUCAAACGCCUCUGGCGCGACCUAGUCUACUACGCCAAAAAACACCCCUACAAAGUCGUCGCCCUCGUCAUCAUGCCCCUCAUCACAGGCGGCUUCCUCACCGCCCUCCUCGCCCGCUUCGGCCUCCGCCUCCCGCCCGGCAUCGAGCGCAUGAUUGGCAUCGGCGCGAAAGCCGCCUCGGGCGACUCCAUGGGUCUCGUCGGCGAGGCGGUUCGCAUGGCGAGCGGCGGGUUUGGCGGCGGGCUUGCUGGUGGCGCUGCUACCCGCGCGCAUGUCGAGAGAGGGUAUGAUGGGGAUUAUUCGUGGGAGAGGAGGAGUGUUGACCGUGAUGGUGGUGGUGGUGGUGGUGGUGGUGGCGGCGGCGGCGGUGGUUGGGCUGAUGGGCUCAUGAGUGGUGUUGCCAAGAUGUUUGUUUGAAAACCUCUCGAUUCAUGAGGCAUGGGGGGAAAAAGACGAACGGGGUAAGAAUCACGACUGGUAUGGGUGGACAGUUUGUUCAGCUGUCUGAAGGGCGUCUACUUUUGGGUUACGGGAUCUUCGACUACUUUAUUCUGGUUCGUCCCAUGCAUCUUUGGAAAAUGCAUGCCACGUUAGACCGUGCAUGGCGCAUUUACAUAUAU